GGAAGGCUAGAGCUUGGAAUUCCGGCUCCUCGGAGUCCUGGCCCUCCCCCACCGCCGCCUCGGAGCUCAGCACACCUUGGAUGGGGGAGGCGGGCAGCUCCUAGCCCCGCACCCCAGGAGGCGCGCUCGGAGGGAAGCCGCCACCGCGCCGCCUCUGCCUCGGCGCGGAACAAACGGUUAAAGAUUUUGGGCAGCGCCUCGCGGGGGGAGGAGCCAGGGGCCCAAUCCGCAAUUAAAGAUGAACUUUGGGUGAACUAAUUGUCUGACCAAGGUAACGUGGGCAGCAACCUGGGCCGCCUAUAAAGCGGCAGCGCCGUGGGGUUUGAAGCGCUGGCGGCGGCGGCAGGUGGCGCGGGAGGUCGCCGCGCGCCAUGGGGCUCCCGGCGCUGCUGGCCAGUGCGCUCUGCACCUUCGUGCUGCCGCUGCUGCUCUUCCUGGCUGCGAUCAAGCUCUGGGACCUGUACUGCGUGAGCGGCCGCGACCGCAGUUGUGCCCUCCCAUUGCCCCCCGGGACUAUGGGCUUCCCCUUCUUUGGGGAAACCUUGCAGAUGGUACUGCAGCGGAGGAAGUUCCUGCAGAUGAAGCGCAGGAAAUACGGCUUCAUCUACAAGACGCAUCUGUUCGGGCGGCCCACCGUACGGGUGAUGGGCGCGGACAAUGUGCGGCGCAUCUUGCUCGGAGAGCACCGGCUGGUGUCGGUCCACUGGCCAGCGUCGGUGCGCACCAUUCUGGGAUCUGGCUGCCUCUCUAACCUGCACGACUCCUCGCACAAGCAGCGCAAGAAGGUGAUUAUGCGGGCCUUUAGCCGCGAGGCACUCGAAUGCUACGUGCCGGUGAUCACCGAGGAAGUAGGCAGCAGCCUGGAGCAGUGGCUGAGCUGCGGCGAGCGCGGCCUCCUGGUCUACCCCGAGGUGAAGCGCCUCAUGUUCCGAAUCGCCAUGCGCAUCCUACUGGGCUGCGAACCCCAACUGGCGGGCGACGGGGACUCCGAGCAGCAGCUUGUGGAGGCCUUCGAGGAAAUGACCCGCAAUCUCUUCUCGCUGCCCAUCGACGUGCCCUUCAGCGGGCUGUACCGGGGCAUGAAGGCGCGGAACCUCAUUCACGCGCGCAUCGAGCAGAACAUUCGCGCCAAGAUCUGCGGGCUGCGGACAUCCGAGGCGGGCCAGGGCUGCAAAGACGCGCUGCAGCUGUUGAUCGAGCACUCGUGGGAGAGGGGAGAGCGGCUGGACAUGCAGGCACUAAAGCAAUCUUCAACCGAACUCCUCUUUGGAGGACACGAAACCACGGCCAGUGCAGCCACAUCUCUGAUCACUUACCUGGGGCUCUACCCACAUGUUCUCCAGAAAGUGCGAGAAGAGCUGAAGAGUAAGGGUUUACUUUGCAAGAGCAAUCAAGACAACAAGUUGGACAUGGAAAUUUUGGAACAACUUAAAUACAUCGGGUGUGUUAUUAAGGAGACCCUUCGACUGAAUCCCCCAGUUCCAGGAGGGUUUCGGGUUGCUCUGAAGACUUUUGAAUUAAAUGGAUACCAGAUUCCCAAGGGCUGGAAUGUUAUCUACAGUAUCUGUGAUACUCAUGAUGUGGCAGAGAUCUUCACCAACAAGGAAGAAUUUAAUCCUGACCGAUUCAUGCUGCCUCACCCAGAGGAUGCAUCCAGGUUCAGCUUCAUUCCAUUUGGAGGAGGCCUUAGGAGCUGUGUAGGCAAAGAAUUUGCAAAAAUUCUUCUCAAAAUAUUUACAGUGGAGCUGGCCAGGCAUUGUGACUGGCAGCUUCUAAAUGGACCUCCUACAAUGAAAACCAGUCCCACCGUGUAUCCUGUGGACAAUCUCCCUGCAAGAUUCACCCAUUUCCAUGGGGAAAUCUGAUGAGCUUGAAUGUUCAAACCUGAGACUUAUUGGAAGUGUACAUAUGAGUUUUUAAGGAGUGUUGUGUUGACUUUAUAUUUAAUUUCUAAAUGUAUAUUAUAAUAUUUAUGUGUUUUGACUAUACUACCACAAUCUUUAAAUAUUAAAAUAAUGAAUUUGUAUCAUUUCCCAAUAAAGUAAAAUUUGAAGGUAGUUUUCUGGUAUUUUAAGAUUCCUGUUGGGUAAAACUCACCAGUUUAGUAUUUUCUUAGUGUAUUUAACCAGAUUUUACAAUGCCUACCUGGGCUUAUUUGUCAUCUUUGCAUCUCUGUUUUCUGUGAGAAGAAAUCUUAGCUGUUUUUUAUGUUAACAGUUAUUAGAAAAUAUAUGUCUGUGUGUGUUAUUCCAGACGUAUCUCUGUCAAUUCUUCUAUAGUCAUUUAGAUUCCGUAUUUGGAAAAUUGAUCCAAGUUAAUUUAAUUUUUUUUUUGGUUUGCUGUACUUUAGGGAAAGAUGAACCUGAAAAGGUAACACUGAGAACUGUCACUCUAACCUCUCCAGCUCAUCUAACAUGUCAUAAACAUAAUAAAUCUGUGUUGUCCAAUA